ACUGAUGUGAUGUUAAGUGACGAAAGUUGAUAAUUAUAAUAACAAUAUCAAUAAAGAAGAAAUGAUUUGAUAUCUGGAAUGUUGAAGCGACUGGUAAUACUAUAUGUAUAUAUAACUGCUUCGGAGUCGAAAGAAUGCAACAGGUUUUCAAGAACAAAAGAGUAGAAAACGAUUGACAUUCGGUGAAUGGUCCUUGUAAACUAAAGCUACUGCCGAUGACAAGUUAAAGUAUAUAUACAAUAUUGGAGAUAUGAUUUUCGUUGGAAAGAUGUAACAAUAUCAAUGAGGUCGUUAAUCACAUUGGAAUCAUUUAUAUAUACACCAAAAGCAGCUUGACGUCUUGGUUUCCGAUUCUAAAUUGAAUAUGACGUACUUCCAUGAAUAUCCACCGACAAACGAUUGCUAUAUAGGAUUGUGAAGGUGCUCAUAAUACUCGUCGCGUAUAUACGGACUCUCUGGAAGUCUUCGCGCUCACACACAUACCAAUAGACCUGUUUACUUGAGGACUGGCUCGCUCUUGUAGCACAGCUGGCUGACGAGCUAGCGAACAGAAUUAAGAAAAAACGACAGUGCUUUUUUCAGAUAAUUGGCAUACUGCGAUUGCGAAGAAAUUGAGGAAAAAUUAUACUAUUGAAAAGAUUUUUGUAUAUAUAUAUACAUAUAAGAAAAUUCGUCGUAAAAUUAUAUUCACGUGACCGGAUAUCUGUUUGGAAAUAAUGGAAGAAAUGUAUAUACGAAGUCACGCAUGGGUUUGCAUCAAUGUGUCGAGGAAAAUUAUGAUUCCAAGUCUGAGAAUUCAUUACAGGAGUGGCAGUGCCAGUGACUGACGUCACGAUGCGCAUGUUGCUGCUGCUGAGAUUGGUGUUAGCGGCAGCGGGUGCGCUGCUGGCGAGCGCAAAUUCGCUCAUUGACGGAGAAGACGAGAUGCCAUUACAAAUAAGUUCUAAAGAACGUAAAGAGGCAAUUGCCAGAGUUGAGAAUGAAAUUCUUAAUUUAUUGGGCAUGUCAAAACGGCCCAAAUCAGUUGAACAAGCACACGUUCCUGAGUCAUUAAAAAAGCUCUAUAAACGUCAAAAUAUGCUUGGAACAGCUAAUAUUGCUAAACGAGGAAUACAUGCUAAUUCAGCAAACACAGUUCGUGCCUUCAAUCAUAUCGAAAGCAAGCUGGAUAAAACUUUCAAGAAUCCAUACAGGUUUCGACUUCAUUUUGACGUGACGAAAGUUCCUGAAUCGGAAAAAUUGGAAGCAUCACAAUUGACCUUGUCGAGGGUAUCACUACCAGACGAUGGACAAAAAGGUCGACGUGCCGUUCGCAUAUUGGUUCACGAUAUUAUUCGACCUGGUGUUAAGGGACUUCAUCAACCAAUUUUCAGGUUAAUUGACAGUCAAGUGGUGGAUGGAAGAAAAAAUUCAUCGGUGAGUUUAGAUGUGCGUCCUGCUGUUGAAAGGUGGUUGAGAAAAGGAGAAGCGGCAAGCGAGAAUCAUGGAUUACUUAUUGAAGUAGUGGGUGACGAGACAAUAAAGAAGGUCGAACACGUGAGACUGCGACGUAGCGUUGAUGAGUCUCAUGAUUCUUGGGUCAUUAAUCGGCCAACGCUCUUUAUCUACACUGACGAUGGCAAGAACAAAAUGGCCACCGCUAGUCAAAUAAUAGAACGACGCGAAAGGCGUGCAGCAACACGUAAACAUCGAAGAAAAGACGGUAGGGAAAAUUGCCGUCGACAUCCACUUUAUGUUGAUUUUGUUGACGUUGGCUGGAACGAUUGGAUCGUUGCACCACCCGGUUAUGAUGCAUUUUAUUGCCAUGGCGAAUGUCCAUUUCCACUCGCUGAUCAUCUUAAUUCAACGAAUCAUGCAAUUGUCCAAAAUUUGGUCCACUCGACAAAUCCAAGUCAAGUGCCUAAAGCAUGUUGUGUACCCACGGCUCUUAGUUCUAUUUCAAUGCUCUAUUUGGAUGAGGAGAAUAAGGUAGUCUUGAAGAACUAUCAGGACAUGGCGGUGCUUGGAUGCGGUUGUCGCUGAAGAAUUAAAAAUUGAAGAAGAAGAAGAAGAAGAUGUUGAAAAGAGCAGAAGAAUGCCGAGGUGAGCCGAGUAAACCCGAGAGAGUGCCUCGCAGGUAUAGUCACCACAGAAAAAGAUAAAAUGAGAGAGAGAGAGAGGUUGCGUUCAAACAGAUUGAAAUGAGUACACUGUGCGACCUGUCUCCACUUGCCUCCAUGCUCCAACUUACUUGCUCGUUAGAAGGAGCGAAUGGCAAACGCGCGAAUGCGUGACGCUGCCGCAUUCUCUACAGUUUCAGUAAUCAACAAACUUGGCGGCCUAUGAACUAAGAGACCGAUAGGCAAAGCCAAACCUCCUUGGACGCGCGUAAUUUAUUAAUAAGGCUGUAGCAAAAACCGGUAUAGAUUUAUUUAGCGUCCGCGGACAUAUAUGAAGAAAAACGAAUGGAUGUUUAUAAGUCAAGUAUCAUAUUUUUGUGCUGAAUUCUCUUUUUUUUAUUCAAGCAUAGUGCGUAACCAUAUGAAAGUAUAUGGUUGUAAAUCGAGAAAGGACAUUUUUCAAAAAAUGAGCCGAAAAAUCAAAUCCCAUAUUGUGUGUGAUCCGUUUUUUUUUUAAUUGACACAACCUCAUAUAUUAUGGUUUCAAAAUGGAUGGGACCGAAUCGGAUUUUAUUUGAACAACAAUAUAUUCAAUGGAAAAGUUGCGUUCUAGUACACGCGCCACUGGUGCAAAGAAUGCGUGUACAACGUUGCGUCACUGACAGUCAACAACCCGAUGCAUAUGCGCAAGCAUAAAAUCGGUAAUUUUCUGAUUCCCGCGAAUGUGCGACGUUACAAUUUGCCGUAUGGUUUCAUUUUUACAGACUAUUAUUAACAGUUUGUCUCGAAAAAAAAACGACUUGUAUGUAGAAAAGAGCUUAGACUGUGUUUAGAUUUAUAAAAAAAAACAAGGCACUGUGUCGUCUUGAGUUUUUACCCCUCUCUUUUCUUAAAAAAAAAAAAAAUUUUUUUUAACGCGAGUAAUAUAUUUAUGUAUGUGAUUUUGUGAAUUACAAAAUUGAAAUAUUUAACGUAAAUCCGUACCUGCUUAAGGAUUAUUAUUUAUUAUUUUUUUUUUGCUAACGAAUUUUUAGGAAAAAGCGUGUAUAUUUGUACAAAUUUUUUUUGUUAAUAUUAUAUGAAAAUAUAUAUAUAUAUAUUUGUAACUUUAGCUGCGAUGUAAAAUGUGUGAAUAGGUAACUAUGUACACACUGUAAAUAAUUUUAAAAAAGGAAAAAAAACGUGCCUUGUAAAGUAUCGAGAAUAUGAUGUAUAUUUUAAAAAAGAAAAAAUACAAAUGUUUACCGAUAUUCACAUAAAAUUGUCCAUUGUACAUAAGGAGAAUAAAUCCGAAUCUUAGCAAUUACACCUUCAAA